UUGGGUUGCAUCAGGUUCUGAAAAAUCCCUGGCCAGUGCCUUGAAUUUGUUGAGAAAAAUGGAGCAUAAUCAGCAGGAGAAGGAUGCUAGAGAGAAGGCCAUUGAUGAUUGGCUUCCAAUCACAUCGUCCAGGAAUGCAAAAUGGUGGUACUCGGCAUUCCACAAUGUGACUGCCAUGGUUGGGGCUGGUGUCCUCAGCCUCCCUUAUGCAAUGGCAGAGCUUGGAUGGGGCCCUGGGGUGGUUGUUCUUAUUCUUUCAUGGAUCGUCACCUUGUACACUCUAUGGCAAAUGGUUGAGAUGCAUGAAAUGGUUCCUGGGAAGCGGUUUGAUAGAUACCAUGAACUAGGACAGUACGCCUUUGGUGAAAAGCUUGGCCUCUGGAUUGUGGUCCCUCAACAGGUGAUUGUAGAAGUGGGUGUUGACAUUGCCUACAUGAUCACCGGAGGCAAAUCUUUGCAGAAGUUCCAUAACACAGUUUGUCCCAGCUGCAAGCCAAUCAAGACCACCUACUUCAUCAUGAUUUUUGCCUCUUGUCACUUUGUUCUCUCCCAUUUGCCCAAUUUCAACUCCAUUGCUGGUGUCUCAUUUGCUGCUGCAACCAUGUCCUUAACGUACUCAACUAUUGCCUGGACAGCUUCGGUUCAUAAGGGUGUCCAACCAGAUGUGCAAUAUACAUACACAGCUUCGACCACAACUGGAAAAGUCUUCAACUUCUUUAGCGCCUUGGGUGACGUAGCAUUUGCCUAUGCUGGUCACAAUGUGGUGUUGGAGAUCCAAGCAACAAUUCCCUCCACUCCUGAGAAGCCUUCCAAGAGACCCAUGUGGAAAGGAGUGAUUUUCGCUUAUAUUGUCGUUGCCUUGUGCUACUUCCCUGUCGCUCUGAUUGGAUACUGGAUGUUUGGGAACAGCGUUGCUGACAAUAUCCUUAUCACACUGGAGAAACCCCGCUGGCUUAUAGCAGCAGCCAACCUGUUUGUUGUCAUCCAUGUUAUUGGAAGCUACCAGAUAUAUGCGAUGCCAGUGUUUGACAUGUUGGAAACAUUGCUGGUGAAGAAACUGAAAUUCACACCAUCUUUCAGGCUUCGUCUUAUUACCCGCACUCUAUACGUCGCUUUUACAAUGUUUAUAGGCAUGUUGAUCCCUUUCUUUGGUAGCCUGCUUGGGUUCUUAGGAGGAUUGGUGUUUGCACCAACGACCUACUUUCUCCCCUGUAUCAUGUGGCUUGCAAUUUAUAAACCGAAAAGGUUUAGCCUAUCGUGGAUUACGAAUUGGAUCUGUAUAAUUCUGGGAGUGAUAUUGAUGAUUUUAGCUCCCAUUGGUGCCCUAAGGCAGAUCAUCCUCCAAGCCAAGACCUUCGAAGUGUUCUCAUGAGAUCUUCCCAUUGCAAAGAGGAUGGAUUUGAUCGAUUGGCUGAGAAGUUGAAUAAUGGUGCUUGUCCGACGAGCCAAAUGAAACAGUUGUGUCUCGUCUGAAGAAUUCUAUAGUCUUCUGUUCUUUUUAUUUGCUUGUACAGUGCUCUGUUAAAUAUGUCACAUCAAAUAUUAAA